AUGGAAAGUGAAGGCAAGAAGUUUAAACACGCAAAAGGCACAGGUAAAGAUGGCUCUGUCUUCCAAUCUGUCGAGAGCGGUUCUACAGUCGCAGUUCUUGAAGGUGGCUCUGGUUUUGUGUCUGUCGAAAGUGCUUCUGUAGCCGUAGUUGCUGAAGGUGGCUCCGGUUUUGUGUCCGUCGAAAGUGGUUCUGUAGCCGUAGUUGCCGAAGGUGGCUCUGGUUUUGUACCUGCAGAAAGUGGUUCUGUAGUCGUAGUUGUUAAAAGUGGCUCCGCUUUUGUGUCAGUCGAAAGUGCUUCUGUAGCCGUAGUUGCUGAA